GCGAGUCCUUUGAACUCGGAUCUCCCCACGUAUCGCACCCUUCUUUCACCGACCGGGUACUGUCUCUGUCACCCGUUUUUGCCUUCGAAAUAUCGCCAAGGACGCCUUACUGUCCUGCCGUUGGGUGCCUUCGGGCUGAUCAGCGGCAAUGGCCGACAGCGGCCCGCAGGGCGCCGCCAGCGACAAGGUGGAGGGACUCCCCGACGAGCUCCGGCAUAUUACGACCGAUAUCCUGCCCUUGAGUCUUCUCCUGACCCGCCUUGCCGAGUAUUCCCAUGCAAAGCUCCAGGAGAUCAUCACGGAGCUGGCAGCCAAGCCUCUUCCCCAAGCCCUUGCAAACGGCAAUGUCAACGGGACGGCGAACGGCAACGGCAUCCUUCAUAAUGUUCCAAUCGAGGACACGUCGCCCGAGAGCCUGGACAAGAAAACAAUGCUUCUCAACUUCACCAAAGACCUGCACUCGAGAUGGGUCAAGGCUCUGGUCAUUACCGAGUGGAGCAGGAAUGCAGAGGAAGUUGGGAAGCUUAUCGACAUCAGGACCUAUUUGGCCGAAAAGCUGGAGCUCUACCACAAGACCUUUUGGAAUCUGGUCCAGGUCAAGAGAGAGAUGCUGUUCGCCAGGGUUCCGAGUCCUGAUCUCAAGACUGCCCUCGAGGUUCUCAGCAACGGGGCGGUGCAUUGGAUGCCAGAUUUUGGUUACCUCGAGCCACCUCCUCUGACCGAGGAGGAGAAGUUGCAUUGGACCCAUGAGAUCGAGAUGCACCUGCACGCCCGGCUACAACUGCAAGAGUUCGACACGAUGCCAGAUCCGUUCAAGAAAUACAGGAUCGGCAAUGGCAAAGUCACUUUUACCGUUCCCGGGGAGUUCGAGGUUGACCUCACCAUCGGCCAUGAGGAUUUCUCCACCCAGUUCUGGUUCCUGGACUUCCGGCCCAUCUACAGCCCGGCGCCGCCAGAACUGUCACAGCAGCUCCGCCAAAUCAUCGAGGCUCGGGUAAAUAACGCCUUGGCAGCUGACGGUCUGACGGGCUGUUACAAAUACCUCCACGAAUUCACCCUCACUGCCAAAAUCACCGAGUUCACGCGUCAGGCACUGGAGCUGAGCAGCACUGGGCGAUGGGCCGACACUCUCAGGGUUGAGCGGCUCAAUCGGGCGCUGGGAAUCCAGUAUUGGCGAAACUGCCAACACUCUCGCGUCUCGCAAAGCUGGAUACUUCUGGGUGUGCGCUCCGCCGAGGGCCCCAACGAAGAUCCAGACGCCCAGGCUUCAUCAAGCCGUCUUAUGCUGAGCUGGUUCCGAGACGGCAAGGAAGUCAAGGAAGUAGGCAUCGCAUUCGAUGUCGACACCAUCUCGACCGAGGACCUGUUGAUGGCCGUCAUUGCCAAGCACAUCGAACAUCUCUUGUGCCCAAUAUACCAAACGCUCGUUGCCAAGCCCCGGUACGCCCAGAGGCAGGGAAGAUUGUCCCUGAACAUCGAGAAAGAUCCCCAGCGCUCCCGGCUCAGUAUGCAGUUAGUGGGGGAACUAGACGCCACGGUGUCCGUUUCGCCCUGGACGGGCGACUUCUUGCUCUCCCCGGAGUAUCCAUCCAUGUUGGAGACGCAGAAAAAGUUCAGGACGUUGGCGAACCCUGCAGAGGAGGGUGCAAGCGUGCUGGAACAGCUGAGGUGGUCUUACACAGUCCAACACUUGAGAUGCCUGCCUUCGGUUGCUGAUUGGGUCAUCCUCCGGGCAGCCCCUGCCCCGUUCGACGAGGUGAAGAGCAUGGUGUAUUCGCUUUCCCCGUCAAUACGGGAAGCGUUCCACGCGGUGUGGGUGAGAAACGCGAAGUGGGGGCCGCAGUGGUUCGCGGCGUUGAGCAUGAGCCUUGCCGGGGACCAUUGUUGGUUGGUCGAGAUUUCGGUCGAAGGGCAAGGUUCAUCCGGCCGACGCAUAAAUACGUUCAGGCGGCUCCCCAGCUCCCCGAGCGAUCUGCUGCUGCCUGACAUGCUCUUUCAAAAACUCGCCAAGUACGGACCUGGCAUUAUGGCCGAGAUUCAAAGUCUCCGCCAUGGCCGCCAGGAACACGUCGCGCAUGCCGCUCAACAACAGCCUGCGAACUCGAGCUCCUCUGCUGCGUCUUACCAGACCAAUAUGCUGAUUAUUGUAGCGCGGGCAUCUGAGCUGUUGCCGCCAUCUCGAAUAGGAUCUUUGGACGGCACCCGCCCUCUCUGGGCACAGGAAUACAUCCCUGUCACGUACAAAGGACUAGCGCCCGAACCUCCACCCGCGAUCGGGUCGGGUGACCCGUUGCAGAGGCAGGCCGGUCCGCUCAGGAUCUUGGUCGAGGCGAGGGUUGCCGUAACGAACCGUGCCAGGUUUGAAUUCGUUAAGAGCAGACUCGACCGUGACGUGCGAUACGACCCUCGGAUCGGCCAGUUCACUCUACGGUUUCGACCAGAGGCGAACACCUCGGUCAUCCCUAUGCUACGGGAGCGCAUCCAGGCACUCGACCGUCUAUUCGAUUUUGUCGAGGCUGUUCACCGAGCGGGCAAGCACGCAGUGCUGGAGAGUGUUACUCUCCAUGAGCUUGUAUUUACAUAUGGCGCCCACACAGCUGAGGCCCCGCCCCCGCCGGCCAAUUCACAAGAUCAGGGAGAGCAGCGGUCUUGGAAAGUACGACUCAAUCUUUCCGGAGCGCGAGGUGUGGACGUGAGACUGGAGCAGGGCAAUCCGCAUCUGCGAGUCAUCGACUAUCUGCGGUCAAUAGCCAACUCGCCCAAAUCCAAAAGCCUACCGGCAUGGCUCUCCCUCACACUUCCGCUCUUUCGCGCCUUGGAGCGCCUGCAGGACUCGUGGGACCUGCCCAGCGCCAACAAGCAAGGCGAAUGCUUCAUCUUACAUAAGUCGCUUGACUGGGUGGCGCUUCGCUUCGCCCUGGCUGGGCCCAAGUCUCGGCGCCUGCAGCUGGACAUCAAGGCCCGAGAGAGGAAGGGCCAGCUCAUGUGGCAAGUUUCGCGCCCGUCGACGGAUGCCAACGCUAAUAACGAAAAUGACGAGUUCACGAAGGUGCUGGCGCCCAAGGUCUGGUCGGUCAGCGGCCAGGGGUUCCAGGGCCUCAGCACUGGUGCCGCGGCAAACUGGGACCAAGGCAUCGAGAAUCUCUUGGCCCUCAUCAGCGACACGUUGCUCUCCAUGGUCGGCACACCGCCCCAACCUCAGCAACAGCAAGCGCCGCCGGCCGGCCAAGCCCAAGAGCAACUUCCCGCGCCACCACCGGGCCCCGCUGGGAGGUUCCCCCAGCAGGUUCAACCAUCUCAACAACCCCUCCAGCAUCUCCAGCAUCUCCAGCAGCAGCAGCAGCACCACCGCCCGCCGCCGCCGCCGCCGCAGCAGCAUGUGCCUCAGCCGGGGAUGCACGGCCAAGCUCAACACCAGGGUCAGGUGCAAGGUCCCCGCGCCGGCAUGGGUCAGAACAACGCAUCCGUGGUAGUCAUCGACUAGUUGUCGGACUGGCACUGGCCGAGUGGCUGGUUCAACGCCUACGCAGACUUUGCGCAACAAAUCGAAUGAUAUCCCCACAGGGAGCUGGAGAAAGCCGGUUUGCAUCUGGCUCCGGGCUACUCGAGCUCUUCGGCGGGAGUCACUGGCCAUGUAGGAUGCGAGGGAACGGGACGGCCGAGGCCUCCUCCCACUCCGAGAUGCAAGGAGGGGUG